CAAAGAUAAGGCCCAACCUAUCUCCUCUAUUCUACCUAAAGCCCACUUCAAAAACCCACCACAUAACAAUCACUCAAACCGGGCCCACAUCCACCUUGUCCCCACAUUUCCAAACCCAUAAAACCACAAAUCCACAACCCAAAACUUCAACCAAAACUACCAAAAAAAACCCAAUAAACAAAAAAAAAAAAUUAUUAUACCAUUGUUAAAAAAAAAAAAAAAAAAGUUGAAGAUGGGUAGUAAAAUCGCAUGGAUAAAGAUGUUAACAGCAGUAUUGGUGACAUUAACGGCGGCGUUAGCGGCGGCGCAAAGCUCAAGUGAGCCACCCUCAUGCGCUUCAAAGCUGACGGCGUGUUUGGAUUACAUGAACGCCACCACAACGCCGCCGUCAAGCUGCUGUGAUCCACUUAGAGAAGCAGUGACAAAUGAAAGAACAUGUCUUUGCAGUAUUUAUAACAAUACUGAUUUAAUCCAAGCUUUUCGUAUUAAUAUCACUCAAGCACUUAAUCUUCCUAAGAUUUGUCAUAUUAACACUGGCAGUUCUCCCGAUAUUUGCAAAGGUGCAGCAACUUCCCCACCUUCAUCUUCAACUCCUUCAGGAGGAGGCACAUCUGGAAGCGUUGCUACCCCUAAAAUUACAGGGGCUGUUUCGGUCGAAUUAGUUUAUACCUUACUUGUAUUUGGAACAUAUGCAAUAUUCUAUUAGAUGUAUUUUUUCAUUUUGUACUAGCUUAUGUAUUUUAGAUUUUAUUGGAUGAUUAUCAUAUAAUCAUCAUUAAUAUAUGUAUAUUGAGGCAUACUAAUUUGAUGAGGCA